GUAUAUCCAAGUUUAAUUUGUAUAGUAUUAUCCCUAAUAUAGUAAAAUCAUCACUGAAAUGAAAGUUGUGUCAACACUUUUAUGAGAUAGUAUAUUUCACUGUAAGUUAUGAAAACAUUCAAAACAGUAAAUACAGCUUGGAAUUCAUAAAAACAAAUGAAUGACACAACAUGUUUCAUGGGUUAAUCAACUAUUUUAAGUUAUGGCCACAAAGACGGUGUCGAUAGACAACAGGACAAUAAAGUUGUUGUUAAUUUUAUUACACGUGUCUCCGUUAUAUAUAUAUAUAUAAACAUGUUGCGUUUGCGGUCGCCAGUAAAAAGUAGUACUGCCCCUUUAAAAGCAAUCCGCUCCUUGUUUCCAGUCCUCUCGUCCACCGGCAGCCGCACACAGUGGCUACUAGCCACCGGUACGUCUCAUUCCGGUUCAAAUAAAACGACUUUGUCGCGACUUAAUAGUUGUUUUAAGUACUUUGGAGGACUUUCGUUGAGGAGAGUCGAGUUGUGAAUGACUUCCCGGUGUUGUUGAGGGGGGUGUAGCGGGAGUCGAGUGGCGGGAGGAGGGGGCUAAGCUAGUGGACUCGUACUGGACUAUCAGAACCAGAGAUCGACUCCCAUUAGACAAGACGGCGGCUUGUUGACGGCAGACCGCGUUUAGACUCCAGUAAAGCCACACCGAAGAGGAGGAGGAGGAGGAGGAAUAAGCGGGUUCUUUUAUUCCUGGAGAAAGAAGAGUUCGGUGGAACGAAGAAAAAAGUUUGGAUGCGGACCGCUAACUGCUGCACUGUAAGCUGAUAUUUCACUUUUUUUCUUACUUUUUAACACUAUCAACUAUUCAAAAUGGAUAAAUACGAGGAUUUAGGACUGGAAGCGAGUAAGUUCAUCGAGGAUUUAAACAUGUAUGAAGCAUCCAGAGAUGGUUUAUUCAGAAUGAGGAGGGAUGCAGGAAAUAACCCAGACUUUGAAGAAACCAGGAGAGUUUUUGCUUCCAAAAUGACUAAAAUACACAUGCAGAAACACCAAGAGGAAAUGGCAAAAAACAACCAGGCAAUAAGAAUGAAUGGCGGUCUCAACAACACGUAUUACACCAAAGACAGACCUCCCAUCAAUAGCUACAGGCAGCCUGGGGAAGCUGCUGCUAAGCCACCCAUAUUGUCCGGUCCUCUGCCUUUGCCUCCACAGCUUGAUACUCAGAAGAACCAUGCAGGCGUUCAGUCUGAACCCCCAGCCAGCAGGGCAUACGGCUACGGAAACAAUUACGAUAACAAGGAGCGCUCAGAUCCACAUUUGUACCAGAACACCACCCCUGCAGCCGUCAGCCCAGGAAGCACUUUUCACAAUCCGCCUCCUUGGGCCUCAUCCAGAGAGAGUUCCCCAUCUUUGUCCGAGGUCAGUGUUGCGUCUUCGCAACGGCGCCAGUCUGAAUCCCCAACUAUGACCCAAAACCAGGAUGUCCCACCGUCCGCUCACAGGAGUCCACCAGACCUCAUUCCUUCACUGCCUCUCAGUGCCUUCACCGGAGGAGCCGAUUUAACCUCCGUUCAGUCUUCUCAUUAUGCACCACCACCCUCCCCGACUUCAAGAACCUCAUCCACUCAGAAUGGUAUCGUGGUUGCUUGUGAAAAACCCCAAACCAAAGUCCAGGUCACAUCUGCGGCCAUAAAUCCCAGUACCGUCUCCAAAAGCUUCAGUCAGAGUCAAGAUCCGAGCCACAUUGCCAGCUUUGGAAAGGCUUUUGGCGCUGAAGCGUCUUCCUUCAAACCUGCAGACCAGGGCUCCUCGGCGGCUGAAGUCAAACUAGAGGCCCUCACUAAAAACCUGGAAAAAGACGGGAAUACCCAACCAAAGGCGGACUAUUUUGGGGUUUGUGUAAAGUGCAGCAAAGCAGUGUAUGGAGCCAACCAGGCCUGCCAGGCGAUGGGGAGCCUCUACCAUGACAACUGCUUCACCUGCAGUGCCUGCAGUCGAAGACUGAGAGGGAAGGCCUUCUACUAUGUGGGAGGGAAGGUUUUCUGCGAGGAGGACUUUCUGUAUUCAGGUUUCCAGCAGUCAGCGGACAAAUGUAACGCAUGUGGUCACCUGAUCAUGGACAUGAUCCUGCAGGCCCUCGGGAGGUCGUACCAUCCGGGCUGUUUCCGUUGUGUUAUCUGUAACGAGAGUCUUGACGGCGUUCCAUUUACUGUGGACACGGAAAAUAAGAUCUACUGUGUUAAAGAUUACCACAGGGUCCUGGCGCCUAAAUGUGCUGCGUGCAACCAGCCCAUCCUUCCAUCCGAGGGCUCUGAUGAAACAGUUCGUGUUGUGUCCAUGGACAAAGACUAUCAUGUGGAAUGCUAUCACUGCGAGGACUGCAGAAUGGAGCUGAAUGACGAGGAGGGUCACCGCUGCUACCCUCUGAACGGACACCUUCUCUGCCAUUCCUGCCACCUGAAGCACAUCGAGCCGAACAGCGCCCCCUCGAGGGCCAGCAGCACAGCUUAUUAACAGUCAGUGUUAAAUAUAAGGUGAAGGGAGACACCUGGUGGACAUUUCCGGGAACUGUCACAUAAUGGAGGUGCACAAUUCUUGUUGUAGAGGAUUGGGUGAUUGAAAACUCCGGAUGUUAUUAUGACAUAAAGAAGCCAUCACGUGAUAAUGGAGUAAUAAUUACUUUUCAGUUAUAAUGUACACCCGCUCCACUUUGAUUUAGCUUUAGCCUCAAUUUCAUUCUUCUCCAUUUAGUCAAUACAGAGUUGGCUCAAGUGUGUGUAUUAUUAUUUAUUACUCAAAAAUCCCGCUUUUUUGCGCCAUAACUUGGAAUCAAGCUUCCUAAUGGCUCCUCAGCUUAAUAAACGAUAAAAAUAAAAAAUAAAAAAUGAAUGAAGGUUGGUGCUGAUAAUCCUCAAACGUUUGGACAAUAAAUGAUACUCUGUUAUUCUUUGUAAUUGUAUUAAAAAUGUAUGUUUUCUAUCAUGUAAACAAUGCAGAGCUAGCUACAGUAGCUUAGUGUAGUCAUUUCAAUACUCUGAUGAGCACUUAGUUUGUUUAUGUUCUAAGCACCUACGAAGGUUGUUUUUUUUUUCAAGAAUGAUAUAUUUUUAAAAUGUAUAUGUUUUGGGCCUAUAUUAAUUUCUAUACUCUAGUUUUGUGUAUUUAACUGUUGGGCAACAACCCACGGACGUUGACUGUUUGCAGUGGAACAUGCACGUGUCAUACCUUCAAACUUUAGUGUAUCAUUUCAGGGCCUCAUUUGAUAGUUAUUGUUAGUUUAUGAUGAGAAGAUAGAAACAUGGAUUCUAUUGUUGAAUAAAUCUAUUGAAUAAAGUCUGUGCUCCUGGACAAAUGUUGAAAUUGAGUUUAUUUCGACGUUUAAAAUGUGCUUGCUAAAUGUUAGCUUUUUAAGUGAUCGAGACGGCCAAUAGCACGUGACUUAACUCAGAUUCUUAUCCAAUCAGCGAGCUACAUUCCAACCGAUGUUCUUGUCCAAUCACUCUUCUGCAUUCCGACUAACAUU